CUGAGGUGGGUUCUGUAGAGCUCUUCAUGCAGACCGAGCAUUUCCGGCAGUACCGCCAGUCGAUGCGCGCCCUCAGGCUGGAGUUCGUGUCCAAGGUAUGGAAGAAGGUGCACGAGGCCUGGGCAGGGAACCUGGCAGAGGGUAAGGUGCUGCAGGAUGCAGCUGACUACAGUAACCUGCCGGCUUGGAACCGGGCGGAGAACCAGCAACUGCACGAGCUAUGGUUAGGGGGACUGCGGCAGGAGGCGGAGGUGCGGGAGCAGGAGCAGUGGCAAGUGGAGGAGAAGGCCCCGUGGGCCGAGAGGCGCAGGCCUGGGAGCAGCCAAAGGAUCAGGAAGGUGCGGCAGCGACAGGAGGAGGCAAAACAUUUCAUCACCUGAGAGAAUCUGGAGGCGUGGGUAGAAGAAGUGUUCGACUCCCUGAAGAGCUACAACUGGGCCAUCACCAGAGAGGGACUGGUACCAGGUCAGGCCACAGCACAGCACAAGGGCUCUGAAGUGCCCAUCUAGGGGCCAUGUGUGUAUGGGGGUAGAAAGGUUGGGCCUGGAAUUAACCAGUUGA